GUCGAGAAAGUGCGGUUUGCAGCGCGGUUUCGUUUCGUUUCGUUUCGCAGAACGUUUUUUUUAAAUUGAAGUAAGUUUAAUGUUAUAAAUAGCUCGAACAAUGGCAUCGAAUGUGAUGAUACGUUUGGCCUCAGACCGGGUUAACCUGUCGCUGCUAUCCGGAGAUAGUAAUCCUCGGCUUUUUACGCCCGGCGAAGUGAUAACGUCCCAGCAAGGUUUCAUGCGCGGCCAUGGCACCUACAUGGAAGACGAAGACAUCAAAUCAUCUCUGGCGGGUGUGAUGGUCCAGGUGAACAAACUGAUCACGGUGAAAGCCCUCAAGGGGCGCUACGUCGGUGAAAUCGGUGACGUCAUUGUGGCCCGGGUCACUGACGUGCAACAGAAACGCUGGAAGGUCGACACCAACUCCCGACUGGAUUCGGUUCUAUUGCUUUCCUCGGUUAACCUACCGGGUGGCGAACUGCGGCGUCGGGGCGUCGAAGAUGAACAGCAGAUGCGAAAGUACCUGCAGGAAGGUGAUCUGAUAUCGGCCGAGGUGCAAAAUGUCCACUCGGAUGGAGUCCUUUCAUUGCACACGAGAAGCUUGAAGUACGGCAAACUUGGUCAAGGCAUUUUGGUUACGGUGUUCCCAUCGUUGAUCAAGCGACGCAAGACACACUUCCACAACCUGGCCUGUGGAGCUUCGGUGAUCUUGGGAAAUAACGGAUUCAUCUGGAUCGCUCCGAUCGUGAAUACGGAAGGCGAAGAGGGUGGAGGCUUCACACAAAACCUGGAAGAAACCAUUUCGGUACAAGAUCGGGAAGUGAUAUCGCGGCUUAGAAACUGUAUCUUGGCGCUGGCCAACUGUAAAAUGAUGCUGUACGAUACCAGCAUCCAGUAUGCCUAUGAUGAAUCGUUGAAGUACGAAGUUCAUGAGCUGCUGCACCAGGAAGCUAUGUUUGAUAUUGCGUUUUUGACCCAGCACAAGCUGCGAUUACAGGAAUAAAGUUUCUAUU